AUGGCUUCGCCAGCCGCAGAAAAUGUGCCUAAUGGCAUUUCCACCCCACCAGCUACUGCAAACGCACCCACACUCAGCCCACCCACACAGCCACCACCUGCAUCGCAACCGUCGCAAGCAUCCAAUGGCGCGUCAACAAACCCAACAGCCAGCAUGAACGCCGCCUUUCCGUCCAGCUCACUCCAGGACAAUGGAACCAGCAAGCGCCCCCGCGACGCACGCCUCAUCCAUCUAAUUCUAGCCAACAUGGGCGUACACGCCUACACGGAGCGCGUGCCGCUACAGCUCCUCGACUUUGCCUACCGAUACACCUCGUCCAUCCUCUCCGACGCGUUGUCAUACGAGCCACCGUUACCCACGACGUCGGCGUCGAAGAAACGCAGCGGUCCCAACGCCGAGUCGGGCGAAGACGGCGUGUCGCUGAAUGCACUGCGCACGGCAGUCGGAGCGCGGGCUGCAAGCACCUUCCAAGGUACGCUGGGCAAGGAAUUCAUGAGCGAGGUGGCGCUCGAGCGGAACCGCAUUGCGCUACCCCGUGUCGACCGCGAGUUUGGAAUUCGCCUGCCGCCCGAGCGGUACUGUUUUACGGGUGUGGGAUGGGAUGUCAAGGGCGCGUGGGAAGAGGAG